UUUAGUUUUUUUUUAUUUUUUGGUUUUUCGAUUUCAACAACUAGUGGCAGAGGAAGAGACUUCUUCAUCUUCAUUUUCUUCAUCAUCGUCGUCGUCGUUGAGAAUGAGCAAGACCAAAACGCACCGUACGACGCCGUGGUUCGAUGAGAUAAACGGCGACGUAUUGCAGAACAUUCUAGAGAGACUGCCAGCGGCGUGGUUCGCGUCAGCGACGUGCGUUUCGAAGCAGUGGAACAGAGUCUGCAAUCGCAUCCUCUCUCGCCCUAAGCUCGCUUCUGCUCUCUCUCUCAACCCUUCUCUUGAUAUUGCUGUGAAGGAGGUUUUUGAUAAGGUGUUAUCGGAGCCGAUUCGACCGCAUUUCGCUAUUGCAAACAUUGGCAGUGGAUUCUCCUUGAUUAAUGCUUUUCGCCUUAUAACAAAAAGAUUGGGAUCGAGUACUCCGCUUAUUGUUUCUAUUGCUAGUGGAUUAAUUGGAAGGGAAGCUCUUACCAAUGAAUUUAGAGAGGUCAAGCCUGAUAGUGAAGGUGACGGUUACGUAGAAGAAAUAGAUACUGGCAUUGUUUUCACCCUUGGCUAUGUACCCGGAUUAAAAGUUGAGGCUAUCCCACUUCUACGAACAGCAAAGGAACCUCAAGUGGCAAUGACUGACAAGUUUUUGAAGGAUAUCAAGGAUUACACAGCCUCUGUUUCAGGUUGUACAUCCCCAGUUGGGAUUAUAAUGUUUGGAGAAAGGCUUGUGGACUUGAAACCCCAUAUUGAUGUGUUGGAUUAUGCUCUGCCAGAGGAAACUGUCAUUGUGGGUAAUGAGAGAGGCAAGUUUCUAUACAGAAGUGGGAAUGAAACUAGAAAUGUCAGUGGCAGGACAAAAUCAGAUGCUAUAGCUCUAAUAUUCGCAAGGGAUAAAGACAAGUCUAGUGGUAUAGGGGAUAUUCAAUUCCAUGUUGCAUUGUCAAAUGGUGUAUCAGCAGUAGGUCCCAUAUACAAGGCAGCUUCUGUUAGAGUGAACAAAGCUGAUUGCACUACAGGGCUCACUGCUAAAAGGGAAGGAGACAUGGAUAUUCUUGAUGGUCAAAGAAUUCUAGAUGAUAUCUAUGAUGAGAUGGAAAAUCAUACUGAUGAGUCCCCUGAUCUGUACAUUGGGGUUACAAAACGAAGAAAGUACUGUAUUGAGUCAGAGAAAUCGAGGUUGAUAACAUCCUUGGCGCUUCAUGGAGUUAUAGAAGGAAAUGAAGAGUACCUUCAUGUCAAUGGUGUUAACAUCAAAACUGGUGAUUACUUCCAAUUCUACCAUUCAGAUACCAAUUUCGCAUUAUCCUCAUCUAGUGAUGCCUAUGUAAACCUCAAAAGCUUGAAGAAGGAAGUUUUUGGAGGGCUUAUUUUCGCAUGUUGUGGGCGCGGUGAGUCAUUCUUUGGACGCUGCAACGUUGAUAGCUCUCCACUCUUGGAGAACUUUCCUGGGGUCCCAUUGGCAGGAAUAUUCUGCUGUGGGGAAAUUGGACGUGGCCCUUCAAGUUUGAUUGGAGAGAGCUACAAGGAGAAGUCUGCCCACUGCUGUAUGCAUGUCUUUAGCACUGUUUAUCUAGCGAUGUCAUAUACCUCUGCAUGUCUAGAGUGUUAAAAUUUUGUGCCAACAGAACCCCAGGAAAGUUCUCCGUGGACGGCGGAGGGCAAAAAAUAAUAUUCUGUUGAACUUGCAAAAAGUAGAAAUUUGUGGCAGCCAAGCUGAUCAUGGUGGCCUAUUAUAUCUGCUUUGACUGUAGCUAUGUUUUUGUAUAAGAUGUAUCUUUUUCUAUUUUGUUAACAGAAACAUACAUUAGGUUCUUGUUUGUCAUAAAGUUUAUUUUCCAUGUGGACUCUAAUAUUACAAUAAUCAGGCCCUAGUCCCAAAAUUUUGGGGUUGGCUUUGUGGACUUCAA